GGAAGCCAAGGCAGCUACCUCGAUGUUUGUUUAACACAACUGUACCAACCACAGAGAGACAAAGUGUCUUCAAAGAUCACAUGCUCCCUUUUUGAGUAGACAUGUUUAUUUCUAAGUGUUUCUCAUGUAUGUGAUCUACCUGCGGAUGUGAUUUGACAGACGUGAGGAGCAGCUAUGAGUUUAACAGCAGCAGCGAGUGGAUUUGUUGUCUUCCUUCUCUCUGUACAAGUGAUACAGGGUCAGAAUGACUGGGGAGUGACUUACACCUCUACUCAGAUCUGUGCCUUAAAAGGAUCAACUGUGGAAAUAAGAUGCAGCUACAAAUACCCAUCCAGAAUAAACAGGCUUUAUACUACAGUUGAGAAAACAUUCUGGUUUACUAAAAUGAAUGGAAAUGAACAUGUGGAUCUGAGAACAGAGUCAGAGUACGCAGGUCGUGUGCAGUACAGCUGUAAUAAGAAGAGCUGCACUCUGAGAAUCCCAGACCUGAGAGAGAGCGACUCAGCUGAGUACAAGUUCAGGUUCAUAACAAACCAACAAGGUGGGAGUUUUACUGGUUCACCUGGAGUCACUUUGUCUGUCACAGAUCUGCAGGUGCAGGUGAGCAGAAUAACAGUCCAUCAGUAUUAUACCAAGGCAGAGCUGAAGUGUCACAGCAGCUGCAGUCCAGCUGGUCGUCUUUCCUACGUCUGGUUCAAGAACGGAGAGAAAAUCACAUGGGUGGAGACAUCUUCUUAUAAAGGCUCGUUUUAUCCUGGAGACAACAUCUCCUGUGCUGUAAAAGGACAUGAGGACUUCCCCUCUCCGUCAGUGUGUGAGUUUACUCCACUGUGUCAGGACAAAAAACAUGCAUACACACUGACAUUACAUACAAUUACAAUUUCAGACGUAACCUCACUGGAGUCUUCUAGAUCUUAAUGUAGACGCAGCAGUAUUAUUUAUAGAAACAAAGAGCUAAACUGCUGUUGUACCAGUAGAAGAGUCAUCGUAAGAAAAGCAAUAUUCGGAUACAUGUUGUGAUGUAACAUUUUGAAAUGCUUUCCUAUUAUGUGAAUGUUGUUGUGAUUCAGGAAUAUUAGAAGUAUAAAAUAUGUUGUUGCCACAUUUAAUGUUUUGGUAGUUAUAAUGUUUCUGUUAUUGAGAUGCUCCAUUACUUCUGUUGAUGAUGUCAUGGCCAAUAGCUCUCAGCUGGAGUUAACUGAACAGUUUUUGUCUGAGACAGGACGGAUUGUGUAGAGCUGUUGAAAAUUACAGAUGAUUAAAAGCUUGUUAUUGGCUGUCAGUUUCCACCAGCAGGAG